AUGGUGAUCAAUGUGGUGAAUGCUUCUUGCAAGCGUAAAGACAUGCUUCGACAAAGUUACAAAGAUAGAGUGCAAGAAGCAAUUGGUAAGUGUGAAAUUGAUACUGGAACAGGGAAAUGCUUUCUCUUAUACGAGCCGGAGAUACACGUGCUCCGGUAUGUUGAAGAGGACGGGGAUAAUGGUUUUAGUCACACUCAAGCAACUGCUUUGAGCCCAUGCGAUUCAUUUUCGCAAUUCAAUGUAUCAGAUUUAUUGAAGUUGAGUGAGUUGUAUCCUCAAGAUUUUAGUCAUAUGGAAAGGAUCACUCUUGAAAAACAACUUAACAUGUACUAUUUGAUUGUGCGUCAAGAUAAAAGAUUUGUCAAUUUGAGUGGUAUUGCCGAGCUCGCUAGACUGCUAGUGGAAACAAAAAAGCAUCAAACUUAUCCUCUAGUCUAUCGGUUAUUGAAGUUGGCCUUGGUUUUGCCAGUUGCUACUGCAACAGUCGAAAGAUGUUUUUCUGCUAUGAAGAUUGUGAAAUCAGAUUUGCGCAACAAAAUCGGUGAUGAAUUUUUGAAUGCUGCAAUAAUAUGUACUAUAGAAAAAGAAGCACUUCUCGCAGUUUCAAAUGAUGAUGUAAUUACGCAAUUUCAAAAGAUGAAGAGUCGUAGGGCACAGUUGUAA